AUGGUUUCAUCACCUGCGGAACGAUUGGCCACGGAUUCGUCCGACACUACGGAUGAGGAACCGGAAAAGACGGAACCACCGAACACGGCCGAAUGUGAUUCGCUGCACAGUGGCCGCCAGCUCGUACACACCAUCCUGCCGAUCAAUGUGGACGUGCUGUUUGAGCUGCUGUUUUCCCGCUCCAAGUUCCUGAUGGAGUUUCACGAGGUGCGCAAAACGACCGACAUGGUACCGGGCGAGUGGAAGCUGAACAAGGACGGUCUGAAGGAGCGUGUGGUAACGCUUACGAUAGCCAUUACGCAAACGAUCGGACCGAAAAAUGCCCACGUCACCGAGACGCAGGUGAUGCGCAAAUGUUCCCUGCCCGGUCAGCUGUACGCGAUCGAUGUGACCGCGGUGCAGGGUGGUAUUCCGUACGCGGACAGUUUCUACGUAACGCAACACUACUGUAUGUCACGCACGGUCGACAACCAUACGGUGUUUUCGGUACACGCACAGGUCCACUAUCGGAAGUCGAUCUUUGGCUUUGUGAAGGGAUUCAUAGAGAAGAACACCUGGGUAGGGUUGGAAGAUUUCUACACCUCGCUGUUGCGGAAUCUGCAGAGCGAGUACUGCAUUCCGCCGGCCAAGAGUAAGGGCAGACGUACGCGCCGCAGUGUACACACCCAGAACAAGGUGAUUGAGGAAACGCUCAUCAUAGCGGAUCAUACCAAAGUGAAACCGAUUCGGGUACCGACGGCAACGGUUGGCGGAGUGCCACGGAAGGCGUCGAAAUCCGGCUACCGGUGGUUGGUUGCCAUCAUGCUGCUCGUACUGAUCGUGGUCAACACGACACUCUACACGAAGCUGCUACAGAUGGAAGAUAUGGAGCGGAUGUCACGGCUAGACAACAGUGAGGAGCUGGACUCGCUGCUGCUUGCCAAGAGUGUCCGAACGCGCAACGAUUGGUUGACGAUCUUCCAGCAGCAGGAGUCUCGGUACAACGAUGAAAUGCUCGAAUGGCAGAAGGUCCUGUCGACGGUGACGGAAAUGCUGAACAAGGCCAGCGUGCUGUGCACGAAGUUGUGCCGGAUGCCGGACAAUGGUACCAGUGCCGGGGGUGGAUAG